AUGGACGAUAGAACAGAUAGAAUGAGCCCACCAAGAGGACGUAAGAUUCGAAGAUUAUAUACACAUUCUAACUAUACUUGUGAGAAUAAUGUUAAUAUUAAUUCAGCUUUAAGAAAUGGUUCAUAUGAAACUGUGAAAUGGGAUGAUAAUGAUAAAUAUAAAAAUAAGAUAUUUUGUAAUAAGGUGAGCUCAAUUAUUGAAGAUCCUCUUACAAAUACUUUAAUAAAGGAUCCUUAUACUUCUAAUCUAACUCCAUUACAACUUAAAUAUCUGCAAAAAACAAGAAAAAUUUUAUCAUAUGAAUUAGCUCAUUACAAAUCAGGUAUGCGUCAAUUCUCUUCAAUUCCUGAUUAUCUUCCUUGUGAUAGUUAA